CAUUGAACAAACCAAGAAGUUCAUGAAAAAACACUAUAAUACCAUUCUUUCUCUCUUAGAAAGUUGUAAAACCUUUGGUCAGUUGAAACAAAUACAUGGGUUGACGAUUACCACAACAGUGGUGAAAAAUAUAAUCCCAUUGAGUAGACUGAUCGAUUUCUGCACUACCGCAGAAUCCAGGAACCUCAGCUAUGCAAAGUUAGUCUUCAGCCAAAUUGAUCAGCCUAGUGUCUACAUAUGGAACUGUAUGAUCAGAGGUUACUCUGGCGGUGACAAACCUUACGAGGCCUUGAUUUUGUGCAGAGAAAUGCAACGGAGGGGUCACAUGCCAGAUAAUUUUACAUUUCCCUUUGUGCUGAAAGCUUGUUCAAUCUGUUGUGAUCCUGAUUGUGGAAGAUGUGUUCACAAUUGCAUUGUGAAAACUGGGUUUGAAGUGGAUGUAUAUGCGUCUACAGGUUUGCUCAAUAUGUAUGCAUCCUGUGGAUACAUGGAGUUAGCACACAAAGUGUUCGAUGAAAUUCCCAAGUGGAAUGUUGUGGCGUGGACUAGUUUGAUUGCUGGGUUAGUUAAUAGUAACCAAGCUAGUGAGGCCAUAACGGUAUUCAAAGAAAUGAUGCAUUGGAAUGUAGAGCCUAACGAGAUUACGAUGGUGAACGUUAUGGUAUCUUGUGCUAGAACCAGAGAUAUAGAAACUGGAAAAUGGGCUCACAAUCAUAUCCGGCAACUGGGAUUUGAUCCGUUUGUGUCACCUGUUCGUUUCAAUGUGAUUCUUGCAACUGCAAUCCUGGAUAUGUAUGCAAAGUGUGGCAGCUUAAAAACAGCAAGAGACCUGUUCGACAGAAUGCCUCUUAGAAACUUGGUGGCAUGGAAUUCCUUGAUUGCUGCUUACAGUCAGUAUGGCCGGGCAAAGGAGGCACUAGGCCUCUUCUUUGAUAUGAAAACUGCUGGGCUUGAGCCAGACAAAGCUACCUUUUUGAGUAUAUUUGAUGCUUGUGCCACUUCCGGUGCUCUAGCUUUAGGACAAGCUCUCCAUGCUUGUGUGAUAAAAGCUAGCAUUCACGAAGAUACUGCUACUGGAACUGCUCUGCUCGACAUGUAUGCAAAAAUGGGAGAUUUAACAAGUGCUCAACAAGUUUUCAAUGAAGUGAAAAAUAAAGAUGUCAUGGCAUGGACUAGCAUGAUCAUUGGCUUGGCGAUGCACGGACGUGGAGAGGAAGCCCUAGUCAUCUUCAAAAGAAUGCAAGAAACUGGUACUGUUAUUCCUGAUCAAAUCACUUACAUUGGUGUGUUAUGUGCAUGUAGCCAUCUUGGGUUAGUUGAAGAGGGUCAAAGGCAGUUCAACUCAAUGACAGAUGUUUGCGGGAUUGUGCCAACAGUGGAGCAUUACGGUUGCAUGGUUGAUCUUCUGAGCCGCGCGGGACGUCUUGAAGAGGCUGAGAGAUUCUUAGAGAAAAUGCCAGCUGAACCCAGUGUUGCUAUAUGGGGUGCUCUUUUGAAUGGCUGUGAGAUCUAUGAAAAUGUGGCUUUAGCUGACAGAUUAAGAAGCCAGAUGACAGAGUUGAAACAAGCCUUUGGCAGUGGAGUUUACGUUCUUCUUUCUAACAUAUAUGCUAGAGCAGGUAGAUGGGAAGCAGUGAAUCUGUCUAGAGACUUGAUGAAACAUAAAAGGGUUCCUAAAACUCUCGGGUGUAGUUCAGUUGAGACAAAUUUUGAUUAAAUUAUACUUUUUUAAAGAAAAAAUAAAAUCUAUUAAGCUUUGCAAAUCAA